AUGACAUUGACUAUACUUGACUUGGGUGAAGAUAUCUUGACGUUUGCCAUCUCACGCUACUUGUCACCUGAUGACAUUUUCAAAUUCUUCACUUUAAACUCGACGCUAUACAAACUAUUUGAAACAUCACCAACGGUAUAUCAAUUGCUCUACAAUAAAAAGUUUACCAAUAAUGAAAACAACUACACAUUGAAUUUGCAACAACAUCUCAAUUGGAAACAACUAUGGCAUCUAAGAUGCAACACCAAUCAACAGCUUUUUACAUGGGGUGAAAGUAAUGGCGGUAGAUUGGGUUACUUGUCCACUCGAAUUGAUCAAUCACAUGUUCUGAGAAAAUUGGGCGGUUGGUCAGUACAUACUCCUACAAAUAUAUCUGAAUUCAAUCAACAUCUUAUUGUUGAUCUCAAGGCAAAUGGGUAUAGUUUUAUUAUAUUGUUGAAUAAUGGUGAGUUGUGGUUUACGGGUAUGGAUUGGAAGCGUCCUCAACAAGGGUUAUCAACACCUGGGCCAGUUAGAAAUAAGGACUACAAGCCCAAUCCUGGAACAAUGGCAUUGAGUAGUAUGAAUAAUAACGCAGAUGAUAAUGUCGGUGGGAGAAGAAGUAUUAUUCCUGGUAGAGGUGGUGGUAGGUUUGGGGUAAUGCCCAUGCCAAUGCCUGGAAGAUUUACUAAUGAUGAUGAUGAGAGUAGUGAGAGUGAUGAUAGUGGCACUCCACAAGAAGGUUCGAGUGGUGGUAAUCGUGUCUCUCCUCCAGCACCAGCACCAGCACCGGAGACCUCUUCUCAGUUGCCACAGUCGAGAAGAAAACUUCAACCGAGUGAAUCUAGAUCUUCGUUGAGACAUCCACCUUCCAAGAUCCAGGAAACCAAUUUUUUAUCACGGUUAUUUCUUCCGCCACUUGAUGGGCCCGAUAACAGAAAGAUUAUUUCAAUUAGCACUGGGAGAGAGCAUAUUGUUGCUUUAGAUGACCAAAAUAAUGUAUACACAUGGGAUUCUGGAUGCAAUUCAAAUAUAGGUAUCCACAUCAAAUUUCCUGGUGUACCAGGUCAGACCAAUAUAGUCAAGAUUUCGGCAGGCUGGAAUCUAUCAGCUUGUCAAAUCGAUGGUGUUGGAUUAGUUGUUUGGUAUUCGAGGGAAUCCUUAACCAAAGAGCAAUUUGAUCAGCAAAACUAUCAAAGUAGAGCUAGCUACUUGGUUAUCCCAGGAACCGAAAACAAUGUGGUUGAUUUCACAGUUGGUGCAGACUAUGUCUUAUUCAUUAAAAAAUCAGACUCCAAAUUAUAUCAAUUCAGACUAAGCGCCCAUGAUUUAUCAACCAGGGAUGAGGGUCUGUUAGACGUCAAUGACUUGAAAAGGAUGAUUACGCCCAUGGAAAAUUUCAACCAUUGGAUCACCCAACAAGAGGCAAGUAUUGAAUUCACUCGAUUAAACAGUUGUUUUACAAACUUCGUUGUGUUUACCAAUCACGAUCAAGUACUUAUUGGAAACAGUGCUCAUUUACUUCACAACAUCAAUGAUGAACAUCAAGAACAAGGCAAAGAACCAGUGAUUAUCCCCGACUUACAAGGACAAAAUAUCAAAUCAGUUGAAAUUGGCGAUUAUCAUUAUUUGGCCCUAACUAAUGAUGGAUCGUUACUUAGUUGGGGAACUGAAUCAAGAUCGUGUGGGUGUUUAGGCAUAGGACCAAGAGAGCUAGCAGCAGCCGAGAAUCCAGGUACCGUGGUUGAGCGCGGCGCCAAUUUGGAGGUUAAACAGCCAAUGCAUGUAAAGAAUCCAUUGGGAAAUAGAACCACAGGUAAAUGGGUUGCAGUUGCCGCUAGUGGAUGGCAGUCAGGUGGUAUAUAUGUGCCACUAGAGGAGUAG